CUUCGGAGCUGUCUCUGCAGGUUACAAGGCAUUCAAAUGGACGCUAUGUAAUUCCCUCAGGUCCAUCCUACUUUGUGGGGCAGCUAUGGGACCACCAGGCAUCACCUCAAAGCCGGCACUGGACAGACAGACAGCACGGCCCCUGGCUGGCAGUGGAAUCUGCAGCCGAGCUGCCUUGGCCACCAUCCUCACGAGCACCGCAACAGCCCUGUGUGUGGGCAUCCUUGUGUUUUUCCUUGGGAAGCAAGAAACCCACUUUGAGCACAUGGUGGAGCUGCGAGGGAUCCCCUACCAGAGUAGUUUGCAGCAGCCCAGUACUGGCUACUCCCGCCUGCUGACCCCUAUUCUGGAACAGCUGUUCAAAAGCAGCUUUCAGAACUCACCCCUGGAUGGCAGUUGCUUCAGGUGUACCAUUUUGCAAUACAGGGAGGGCAAUGCCAGCCUCAUUGUCCGCUUCCACCUCUGCUUUUCUGCACCGCUGCCCAGCCCUGGCAUGGAAGAGGACGUCCUGAGGCGGGGACUGGCAGCAGCCGUGAGCAACGAGGGCAUCAGGGUUCCCACCUAUGGCACCAUCUCAGCUGCUUCCCUCUUGGCAGGGCCAUGGGACCUCACCUUCUCAGGCACAGAGCUCAAGUCAGGAAGGUGUCCAGGGGAGGCCUUUGCCUGCCAAAAUGGCCAGUGUGUAGCCCCAGGAAACGUGCAGUGUGACGGAAGGAAAAAUUGCUCAGAUGGUUCUGACGAGGCCGAGUGUGACUGUGGAACCAGGCCAGCCAUGCGAUCCGCCACUCGGAUCGUGGGGGGAUCAGAGGCGCUGCUGGGCGAGUUCCCAUGGCAGGUCAGCCUGAGAGAGAGCAAUGAACACUUCUGUGGGGCAGCCAUCCUGACUGCCAGGUGGCUGGUGUCUGCUGCACACUGCUUCAAUGAGUUCCAGGACCCCCGCACCUGGAUGGCCCAGGCAGGCAGUGUCCGGCUGAGUGGCAGCGAAGGCAGCCGGGCACAGGCCAAGGUGCUGCGCAUCCUCCAGCAUCCCUCCUACAAUGUGGAGAGCGCCGACUACGAUGCAGCCCUGCUGGAGCUGGCGGAGCCCCUUGCCUUCAGCAAAUACAUCCAGCCCGUGUGCCUGCCAGCCCCCUCCCACUGGUUCCCCCCAGGCAGGAAGUGUCUCAUCUCUGGCUGGGGAUACCUGAAGGAAGACUUCUUAGUGAAGCCGGAGCUGCUCCAGAAAGCCACCGUGGAGCUGCUGGACCAGGCUCUGUGUGGCAAUCUCUACGGCAGCAGUGUGCUCACCGACCGGAUGAUGUGUGCUGGCUACCUGGAGGGCAAGGUUGACUCUUGCCAGGGGGACUCCGGGGGCCCACUGGUCUGCCAAGAGCCCUCCGGGCGCUUCUUCCUCGCAGGGAUAGUCAGCUGGGGGAUUGGCUGUGCAGAGGCCAGGCGCCCAGGUGUUUAUACUCGUGUGAUCCGGCUCUGGGACUGGAUCCUCAAGACCAUGGCCACAUCCAGGGGCCCCACCGCCUCAGCUGUCCCAGGCACUGGGCUCCAUCAUUCAGCUCCAACCGUGGGCACAAGCGCAGCCAGGCUACAGCACCCCAGCUCCACCCCCAACUCUGCCUCCCCAGCCUCAAGCAGACCGGCAGCCUCAAGCCCCCAGCCCUCAGAGUGCGGUCGGCGGCCUGGUUUCUCCAAACCCAUGAAAAUUGUGGGUGGCCUGGAAGCAUCCCAUGGGGAGGUCCCUUGGCAAGUCACCCUGAAAGAGGGUCUCCAGCAUUUCUGUGGGGCCGCAAUCAUUGGGGAGCGAUGGCUGCUUUCAGCUGCACAUUGUUUUAAACAGACCAAGGUAGGACACCUCACUGCCUUCGCAGGCACCACCUCACUCUCAGCCAUGGACAGCUCUUCUGUGAAGGUUGGCAUCCAACAGGUGGUGCUCCACCCUUCUUACGACCCUGCCCUACUGGACUUCGACGUCGCGGUGCUGGAACUGGUCAGGCCGCUGCGCUUUGGCAGAUACAUCCAGCCCAUCUGCCUCCCAUUGGCCGUCCACAAGUUCCCUGUGGGCAGAAAAUGCCUGGUUUCGGGCUGGGGCAGCCUCCAGGAUGGCAAUGCUUCUCAGCCCGAGAACCUGCACCAAGCCGCAGUUGGGAUCCUUGAGCAGAAGACCUGUGAAGAAUUGUACAAUGUUUCCCUCUCGGACCAAAUGAUCUGUGCGGGGUUCCUCGAGGGGAAAGUGGAUGCCUGCCAGUGGGACUCGGGGGGACCAUUGGCCUGCGAGGAGACCCCAGGAACCUUCUACUUGGCUGGGCUGGUGAGCUGGGGCAUUGGCUGCAGGCAGGCCAAGAAGCUGGGGGUCUACGCCCGGAUCACCAAGCUCAAGAGUUGGAUCCUAGGCAUCAUUUUGCCCUGUCUCAGCACCGCAGAGCCCCUCGGAUCCAGGACCACCACUGCCUCGACCGACUCUGGCCUGGAGCAAUGGCCUACACCGCUCGGCCCAAGUGCUGGCCCUGCCAGCUUGACCACACCCGGGCAGGAAGUCAGCGCCUCCCAGGCCACCCAGCCGCCAGCCGUGCCAUGCACCCCCUCCACAUUCAAGUGCUCCAGCAAGGUCUGCAUCGGGAAAGCAAACCCUGAGUGUGACGGCAUCGUUGACUGUGGCAACGGCUGGGAUGAGACCAGCUGCAACUGCGGCUUGGCCCCCACUGCAGCCUUCAGCAAGAUCGUGGGGGGCAGCGGUGCAGCACAGGGCGAGUGGCCAUGGCAGGCGAGCCUGUGGCUGCGGCGAAGGCAGCACACGUGUGGGGCUGUUGUGAUCGCUGAGCGGUGGCUACUCUCAGCUGCUCAUUGCUUCGAUGUCUACAGCAACCCCAAGAUGUGGGUGGCUGUCCUGGGGACACCCUUCCUGAGCGGCCUUGAGGGGCAAGCGGAGAAGAUUGCCCGGAUACACAAGCACCCCUUCUACAAUGGCUACAUGCUGGACUACGACAUGGCCCUGCUGGAGCUGGCUGCCCCCCUGCACUACACCAGCUCCAUCCGGCCCAUCUGCCUCCCAGACCGCACCCAUGCCUUCAGCGAGGGCAGGCCCUGCGUCAUCACCGGCUGGGGCUCCACCAAGGAGGGGGGCCUGGUGAGCACACGCCUGCAAAAGGCUGAUGUUCAGGUGAUCCGACAGCAGGACUGCCGGAGGUUCUACCCCAUCCAGAUCAGCAGCCGGAUGCUCUGUGCUGGCUUCCCGCAGGGGGGCGUCGACAGCUGCUCAGGAGAUGCGGGGGGGCCCUUGGCCUGCAGAGAGCCGUCUGGCCGCUGGUUCCUGGCAGGCAUCACCAGCUGGGGCUACGGCUGCGCCCGGCCUUCCUUCCCCGGGGUCUAUGCCAAGGUGACAGCAGUCCGGGGCUGGAUUGCGCAGAACCUCAAGGCGUAACUCCCUACCUACUGGGGCCAGCAGGGGGAGCCAAGGCGCACAGAGACUGACCCCUCAUGAUCCUACCAAAGCCCUUUCCUAAAAAGGAUUCUGCCAGACUGUUCCAGCUGCAGGUACAUUAAAUGAAAAUGAUCCA